AGAAAAACCACCGAAAAAAUGAAAAUUUUACAUUUUGUUUCACAAAAUUUUGCGUUACCAAAUGCAUAAACUGUGUUUUCAGAUGUACAUUUGGAAAUCUAGUAGUGGAAAGAGGCGAUGUCAACGAUUUAGCUGCCAACACAAUCACAGUUUUGUUUUUCACCCACUGUAUAACAAAGUUUGUUUACUUCGCAGUCAGAUCAAAACUCUUUUAUAGGACUUUGGGAAUAUGGAAUCAAGCUAAUAGUCACCCUUUAUUCUUGGAAUCCAACAACAGGUAUCAUGCCCUAGCAUUGAAGAAAAUGAGGACUUUAUUGAUUUGCGUGAUGGCUACAACAGUUUUAUCAGCAUCAGCGUGGACCGCUAUCACUUUCAUUGGAGACAGUGUUCACAACAUCAAAGAUCCCAAUAACUUGAAUGAAACCAUCGUUGAAGAAAUUCCCAGACUCUUAGUUAAAUCAUGGUAUCCCUGGAAUGCGAUGUCGGGAACAGCCUAUUAUGUAUCACUGAUAUUCCAGAUUUACUACGUCUUUUUCUCACUCGCUCACUCAAAUCUCAUGGACAGUCUCUUCUGUUCGUGGUUGAUUUUUGCAUGCGAACAGCUCCAACAUUUGAAAGAGAUCAUGAAACCUUUGAUGGAACUAUCGGCAUCAUUAGAUACCUACGUUCCAAAAAGCGCAGAUUUAUUCAGAGCACCCAGUGCAAAUUCUCAAGACCAAUUCAUUGAGAAUGACUAUAAUGCUAAGAACGAAGAGCUGAACCUGAAAGGUAUCUACAAUACCAGACAAGAGAUGGGUGUUAAUUUUCGUAGUGGUGCCCUUCAGACAUUUGGACAAGGUGGAGGGGGCGUUGGACCAAACGGAUUAAGUAAAAAGCAAGAGCUCAUGGUGAGAUCCGCUAUUAAAUAUUGGGUCGAGAGACAUAAGCAUGUAGUGAGACUUGUUACUGCCAUUGGAGAUGCAUACGGAGUUGCCCUUCUACUCCACAUGCUAACAGCUACUGUGAUGUUGACUCUUCUGGCUUAUCAAGCAACUAAGAUCAGCGGAGUUACCGUGUAUGCUGCUACUGUGAUAGGUUACCUGGUGUAUUCUUUGGCCCAGGUAUUCCAUUUCUGCAUUUUUGGGAACAGGCUGAUAGAGGAGAGUUCAUCUGUUAUGGAAGCAGCUUACAGCUGUCACUGGUAUGAUGGUUCAGAGGAAGCGAAAACAUUCGUCCAGAUUGUAUGUCAACAAUGUCAAAAAGCCUUGUCGAUAUCUGGGGCGAAGUUUUUUACUAUUUCUCUAGAUCUUUUUGCCUCGGUACUUGGUGCAGUAGUUACAUAUUUCAUGGUACUGGUACAACUCAAAUAAUUUUCUAGAGAAGAUUGGAGUUGGAUACACUUGAUCGGUACCUGAGAUGGAAUUGUCGACUAUACUUAUUCGACUUUUUCUCCGUUAUUUUCAGAAGAUGACGAAUACUAAAAUUGGAAGUGGCGAAAACUCAAAGCUUACUGUCUAAUAAUUAUGAGCUAGACUUCCUCCUCUUUUUUCACUUUCCAUUCUUCCAUUUCUUAUUUUCCACUGAUGUUUUUCUGAUGAAAAUUUUUCAGAACUAUCAAAAAUAUUAUUUUCAAUUUCUCAUUAGCUUCUAAUCAGGAAGGUGUAAAGUUUUGAGUUGUUGACCACAACAAUUACAAUAAAUAUAAUGAAUAUAAGUUUUCACUUUAAUAUUCUUCUACAAAAUUUCACCUUAUUUCUGAAUAUACUCUCAGUGAAGAGAAAAUGCCUUUGGUUGAAGGUUUUCAGUUGCUGAUGUGCACAAAAAUUAUAUAUAUUGUUUAGAAUUCAGCACAAGUUCAAUGUUCAAAACGAUAGAAAGUUAUAAGAACUGGAAGUCCGUUAUUUUUAACGCUCCUGUAGCUGGAAGAACAAAAUCAUUUGCACUUAGUAAACGAGUUAUUUGCUCAAGUAAGGUUUUAGUAUAUAUGUCGUUUCAUCUAUUUAUAUGCAUUAUUAUUGUGACUGACAUCAGGAUCAUACUGGAGUAUAUGAAGUAUUAUUGUCACUAAAAGCAGGAUCAGACUGAAAACUGACGGUCUGGGUAACGAGUCGCUCUCUAUAAGCCUGAGAGGGAGGAUCGAGAACCCGCCAUGUAGUCGGCUGACAAACGCUACUCAGAUUUUAUAGCAAGUUCGACACUGCCUUAUAGCAAAAGUAAUUCUAUGAUUUCUAAAAUUCAUACACAGUUUCCACAUUCUUCUGUGGUGGAGCGCAUUCAAUAUUGAGAAACUUUGCAGUAUUAUAUGAUUUAUGUUAUCCUGUAUAUGUUUAUCUCGAACCGAUAUUGAUGAAACAAAUUCAAAUAGGUGAAAUUCCAAAAUUCAUUUGACUUCUUCCGAGAAGCACUUCAUAACAUCCAACAUUUGAUCAAAUAAUAUAUUUUGUAAUUUUUUUACUAUAUUGAUUAUUUACUUCUGCAACAAUCUAUAUAGGUUUCAAAUCUGUUGAAAGAGCAAAAGCCAAUGAAUGCCACAUGAUCGUUAUGUCAUAAAAACUAAAUUUAUUCAGGCCAUAGUCUCAACAAAGGUACUAAUUAUGGACUAUUAGGAACUUUGGAUUAUCAUUGAUCUGUUAAGUAUCCGGUGACAAAAGUGUGGAAAACCCCUCGCGGAGUUGAACUUUAAUAAAAACUGAAUUUCAUGUCACGUUAUUUGAGUAACAGUUUUGACAGCGAACCAAGCAAACUUAUCCUAGCAAGAAUUCCGUGUAAACAAGGUGUAAUGAUGGAUGAUGAAUAUAUUUGAAACGUCGGAUGGUAGCCGAUUGGUCAGCAUGAACAAUUUGUUUUACUCAAUCCAUUGCUAUGUAAACGAUGGUUCAAAUCCAACUAUGAGAUUUCCGAUAUAUAAGACCUCGUUUAUCUUUGGCUCGCACAAGUUUCAACUUCUGAGGGUUACUAAUUUUUGAGAAUGACAACUGAUUAACAGAGAAAACAUAUUUUGACACAUUUCAACGCAGCAAUCCAUAAAGUUUAGAAUUGCAAAACACCCUGUAUGCAUAAUAACUCAACAUAUGCUGAGUGAACGAAAUAUGUGCAGCAACAAUACUAUCUCUUUAUCACAUCUACUGUAAACCUUUCAGUUUGUGUGGUCAGGUAUUUGAACUGUCGAAACUAUUCGGCUAUUGAGGCAAUAUCUUCUCAUAUCUCUUCUUGGUAUGAAGUUCUUGACACCAAGAUCUUGAUACCAAGAUUUCUGAUGGUGAGUGGUUAGCUGCUCCGCUGCGGCAAGAUAGUGAACCCACUGCUUCUAACAGCGUCAGAGCGGUCCUUUCGGACAGUAAUAAAACCUCGUAGCUUCAGCUUAUGUUGCUGUCAAAGCUAUGUUUCGGAUAGAAACAUUAUAUUGACAUCAUGCGAAUGAAGGAGGUUAACAACACUGGGGUAUUUGUUGUUAACUCCAUUCACGUUCAGCAUGCAUGCCUUUAUAAACAUUCAGAAGUUUUGAUCCUCAAUACAGCUCGCGAACACGACUCAAAUGAUUUCGGUCAGGUUGACCAUUUUGCUGAGUCUUCGGAAGCAAUUACUUGACUCCAUGAGGUGCGGCUGAGCUCAUUUCUUGGGUCCUCGCUCGCUCUCCCUGUACUAGUGGUGGGGGAAGUAGCGGUAGUGAGUCCGGAGCUGGCUGAAUUCUGUUUCGUCCGUUCCAGGGAUUGAUCUUGGGAAGCGGUGCAGUGUCCAUACUAAUGUUUUCCAAUUUUGCAACUUGUUUCGUUGCUUGAUUGUUUGGAUUAUUAGUUUCACCUUGUUAAUUCAUGUCUUCAUUGGUUUCGUAUUUUGAGACGAAUUUGGGCUCGUAUUUUUUCGAGUAACUGUCUCCUUGUUCUGAGUUUAUUGAAUCUGAAUGGGUUGACAUGAUUUUUCCGCUCCUUUUAGUUUCAACCAAGUCUUGAAAAGACUUUCG